UCUGCUAAAACCUUAGAUUUAUAGAACGGAUAAUAAUAUUCCUAACACGUUCUAAGUUGAGCAAAAAAUCUGGUAAAGCGCGAGCUGAGGACACGUGCUCUUUCAACCGGAAGAAUAUGAGAUUUGGGCCGUAACUGCGUAAUUUAUGGCGGAGCCCCGGUACUGUAGCUUGAGUAUCGCGGACAAGGCUGCUAUUGUUGUCGCUUACCGCAUUAUCGCCUAAAGGGCCCGAUUUGACUAGAUGAAGUGCUGGACCGUAAAGGUGACGUUCUAAUGCACCAGCACUACUGCUGCAAUAUUACAGCGUGCAGCGUGACCAUACUGCCGACUGCGGCAGUAAAGCAUUGGGCAGUAUUGUCACGUUUCAAUACUGCCGAAUACAGUGGUAUAUAAAUAUCUUGUUUGUAUGUAAUGAUAUUUAUAUACUAAAAGAAAUUAAUAUUAACUAGCUUAAAUCUAAAAUAGGCCCUUGAGGCUUUGUACCAAGGAUGCUGGCGACAUUUCCUCGCUGUAUCGCAAUGCUGAUACGUUGUGCGAGGUAGCCGCCAGCUCUUCGGUCACCAGUUACGUCAACCAGACGCGAUUUCUGCAAACAACUUAUACGGGCUGGGACCCCCCUGGGAGCAAGAGUUUUAACUCCAAAUGGUACAAAAUGGUACUCUCUACAUGCUCUCUACCGAGGCUCGCUCUCGCCCCGCCCGCUUUCUCUUUUUAUAUAUGUAUGACCUCCAGACUAACUGGUUCUUCUUAGGCAAUGUUUUCGAUAAGUCAUGCAAUAACAGGGCUGCUGAAAAAUACACCCUUCCGGAAAUGUAUAUUUUUCCGGGUUUUCAAUUUCAUUCCAUAUGAAAGAUUAAUUUGCGCACACAAUAUAACGUUACAUUUUUCUGGCAGAUUGUCAUCACAUCAUUAUAUGUAAAUGAUGAAUUUGAUAAAUGUUUUUUUUUAACAGAAAUGGGGAUCCAUAAAAUGAAUCUUCAUAAGAAGAGAACAUUCUGGAGUGUCUGAAGAACUGCUUGAUCGGGGAAUUUAAGCAAACGAAUAGACAACACAUCCAUGAUGAGAAUCGUUAUAAGCGGUGCGAGCGCGCGGACAGGAGUGGUGGUAUUGGUGGUGGCGAGCAGCGCCGGCGUGUCGGCACGCGUGGCCGGCAAGGUCGGCGGCUACUCCAACAAGAGCAGCGGUAAAUCAACAAGUGGCAUCAACGAGGAAAUCAUCUGGGUCAGCAUAGGCAUGGCGAUAGCGAUAGCCGUGCUGAUUGUCAUCGCUCUCUGCUACAUUCUCUGCGAGAAGUGCUCUAAGCGGCGCGCGCACCGCGAGCAGUCAUGACGAUACAAGCAGGAGUUCACGCGCCAUGCGCUCUCGAACUCCCUCGUCGAACACGACUUCCCCCAUUACACCCUCUACCCCCAGUACUCCCCUGACGGAAAAGAGUACUACUAC